AUGAAGAAGUUUAUGAUGAUUGACUCUGUUACAGACAAUGCUGAGACUACCGGGCCGGCUGGCUGUGCUCGCUGCCCUAGGCAGCUGCUCUCUGCAGCGCCUCUCCAGAUCUCGGCUAGUUUCGCCGUGACGCGUCUCGGGGACACGGAGCCGGCGUUCUCGGGUCGCCUGCCGGCUGCCUCCUCCGCCUCGGACCAGUACGGCUGCGUGUGCUGCGGCGCGGCGCUGUUCCGCGCCGGAGACAAGUUCGACUCCGGCUCCGGGUGGCCUUCGUUCACGGCGGCGGCCGGCAGCGGCGCUGACGGACUCCCGCGCGAUACCAACGUGAUGACUCGGCGCGACACCAGCUACGGUAUGGUGCGCGAGGAGACGCUCUGCCGCCGCUGCGGCGCCCACUUGGGUCACCUGUUCAACGACGGGCCGCCUCCCACCGGCCUCCGGUACUGCAUUAACGCUGCAGCGCUCACACUGCUCGAUAGAGAAGCCGAAUCUGGGGGUAACGACGACAGACCGUGA